GAAAAAGAAGGUACAUGGUAAUAGAUAAAAAGGUGACAAACUGUCAUGAAUAAACCCUUGGCAUGUAACAUCCACUCACAUGCAAUAUUGGUAACCCCACAAGACUACUUUAUGAGAGGAACUAAAAUUGUGGAGACAGAAGCCUCUCAAAUCAACUCUUUGUUCUCUCUCAACUUAUUCAAACAUGUCUCGUCUUUAAUAUCUCCCCAAGCCCUUGCUAUUUUCCUUAGUCUCCUUGCCAUUUUAUGCCUUCAUCUCACACGUUUUUGAUCCUCUCAAGUCUCAAAUUUUUCGAAAACUAUUUCAUUUGAUUUCCUUGUAUUAGCUUAUAGAGCAAUUCAGCUUUCUCAUCAUCCCCAUAAGCCCCUUUAUCAUAGGCCUCUUCACCUGCUUCUUCAACUAAAACUCCUCUCCUUUUUUUUUUUUUUUUUUUUCCACCUUAACACUUGAAUCUGCAUAAAACCUGUCUCAUAUUAUACUCCUAUGGAAAGCCAAACAGAUUACGCCGAAAACCUUCGCGUCGCCUCGUUUUCCGCUUACCUCAACUCCACAGAUGACGACAGCUUUCUGCUCAAGCUCACUGGAGCAAUUCCCGAUCCCAUUUCGCCCGAAGUGACUCCACGCCUCAAAAGCACUUUCGUUAGAAGCAAGACUACUGAAGAGGGUGAAAUAGGCGUGUUUGGUGCUGAAAAAUACUUCAACAUGAAAAUGGAUUAUUACCAGACUCCAAAAGCACUGAUCGAUCACAACAGCCAAACAAUGAUCGAACAGGAAAAGCCAAAGUUGAGGGCUGGAACUCCCAGUGUUACUUCUGAUGCCAGCUCCAAUAGCCAAAUAGCAUUAUUGCCAACUUUUUCGGAAAACCGGCCUCGGAUUAAGCCCAGAACGGGGUUUGGAAAGAGCUGUUUCACUGGAUUUGGCUGCAAUGUGCCCUGUUUGGUUAAGAAGUCUGUUCGUAUCAAUGAGCCUGUCGAAUAUGGUAUGGUUCAAAGGAGAGAUGUGGGAAAAGACUCCUUUCGUUUCGCAAAUCCGGUUGUGAGCGAGGUGGGAAAAGACUCCCGUCGUUUCGCGAAUCCAGUUGUGCUUGAUGGAACAAUGGAUACCUCCCAAUCAAGAUUGCUUCAGGUUCCUGAUUCUGUCAUAGAAAAUUUCACAGUUGGAAAGCACUUAGAAGAAGCGCGAAAGUCGAUCGAGGUGUUUGGCUCUCAACAAGUAACCAACAAAAAGUGCGAUAUCGCGAUGAAUCUGGAGAGGAAACUGGCAAUGCUAACUUGGGAUGCGAUUCCGAAAUCCAAAAACAUAGCAUCUACAUUGCGAAGUGCGACGGGACCGAUCGACGAUAUCCAGAGCGAUGCCAGUUCUGAUCUUUUCGAGAUUGAGACCGGACACCCGUUGCUAACAAUGCAACUGCGAGCAAGUCAUGAUCAGAUUUCCACGUACGAGCCGAGCGAGGCAAGCAUCGAGUGGAGCGUAGUAACAGCAAGCGCAGCGGAUUACGACGAGAACAUGAGCAUUGGAGGAGAAAUGAGAGCGGCGAAAACGAAAAAUGUAGUUAUAAAGGAGGGGGGAAAAAAAAGUGCGGAGCGGAGCCAGAUUGUUGGGUUUCAAGAGUCAGAAAGUGCUUAGCAUCGAUGAAACUGCAGUCAGGGCUAACGAGAUAAAUGCGAAAUCCAUGGCAGUAGGGAAGCCACAGGGCUACAGUGAGAGGAAAGAAUUCGACUUCGCAACGGGCCGACGGUGUUUGUCCUCUAGAACAAGCUCCCCAUAGCGUCAACAAUGUCUGUUUUUUUCCAAGCAACAUGGGCAGGUGCAAUGGAGGAAAUUUGCUGUGUGAACAUUGUCAAAUCUUGUGCUCCUUAUUUGUUUGUUUGUUUUGUCUGUCUGUGUUAUAUGUUUAUAUUUUUUUUCCUCUUUUUUUUUUUUUUCCAAGUUUAUGUACUUAUCCUUGGAUUGUGAGAGAGUUUAUGUUUGCUA